GCUGUAGCCGCGGUUUACGCAGCACAGAGGAGGCGCUAGUUUACGUUUACAUGUUUGCAUAUCGAAGACUGUGCGGCUGUUGGAGGCUCCGGUUGUUUGUUGCUAUAAGUGUGAUAUUUGCACCCUUGCAUUUGCUUUUUAUUUCACGUGCGUUAAAAUAAUUGAUCAGUGAGGAUGCCUUAUCUUCGAAGGUCGUGUUGGUACUACGAAUGCAACAGCGAAAGUCUUCCAUCUCACUGACCAGCAUCAAGCAAACAUAGAGGUAAAAGGAUCGAAGAUGGUCAUUGAUGCUUCUUUCAAGACCGGUGGCCAGGUUGAUGGCAUUGUUGGGGCCCUUGUGGAAAGCUUGGGAGACAAACAAGACAGCGUCUGUCGUGCAGUUAGCCACUCUCUGCAAGUUAUCGGCAACCAUUGGCCUAAUCUUGUAUUGAGUAGUUGCCAUGACUACUUGACCAAGGAGUCAAAACUGUCAUCUUCUCACAAAAACUUGCUGUUCACUGUGAUGCACGAAGUGUGCAAGGAUUCUGUUGACAAACUAGACAAAGCACUGUUAAACAAUGUUUGUAAGACUACAAUUGAGGAGAUGACACGUACUAAGGAGGUGACUACAGACAGCGUCCUUUGUCGUAUCGUGAUAGCCCUGGGCAGACAGCACCCCCUUGAGACAAUGGAGCUGAUCCAAGCCAAAUUUCAGCCAGGCUCCUUGCCACACCCUCUUGUGUUGGAGACCCUUGCUGGACUAGCCCUUGCCAAUCCAUUUGGUAUCAUGCCCUUCUUAAAAGCUUUACUUGGCACCAUGUUACCAAUGUUAAGUGGAGCUCGCACUGAACAGCUCAAGUGGGCUAUGGUAUUUGCACUUGGCAGAUUUUCUGAAGCAAUUGUGGAGUAUUUGAGCAACAUUGAAAAAGCACCCGAUCCAUCUGUGCAAAAGGCUAGUUUUGCUACUGAAAUAAUCAGUGCCUUUGACUUUCUCUUAGCCAAUUGGCUGCAGGCGAGGGAAGCAAAGGUUCGAGCUGAGUCGGCUGUAACUCUUGGCUACAUGGCACAGCUUCUGAGCAAGUCAAAGCUGGAAGAGCAACUUCCAAAGCUUCUCCCAUCUCUGAUUGCGCUCUAUCGAAAACAACAUGACUGUUUUCCUGUUAGUAAGGGGUUGUGUCUGGUUUUGGAAGCAGCAACUGAGUACAAAUGCCUUGUGCUGGAACAGCACGUGGAUGUCUUGAACAACUCACUCUUCGUACAGGUUUGCAACCCGCCGGACUACACGGAACCUGCAAGUGUCAGAAACCACAACGAAAGCCUACGCUGUUUUACUGUUUUAGCUACAAUGUAUCCAGAUAGACUUACAGCCUUCCUCUUGAUGAAAGCGGAAAACAGCAAUGAUAAAACAAGAAUUGGAGCUCUGACAGCACUGAAACACAUAAUCAAUUGUGCAGGAUCCACAGAACAAGAUCCAAACUUGGAGGAAAGGAUGCGCAGCAUAAUUUUGGGCCUGCAGUCAUUAUUCAGUGAUCCAAGCAACAAGGCAAAGAAAGUGUUGGCCCAAGUCAUUGUUGCUCUGGCACACCAUGGUUACCUUGAUGCAAAUGGUGGUCACUCCAUGGUUGAGUUUCUUGUUCGGCAGUGUGCUCUUCCAGAUGAUGCAGCCAAGCGUCCCACGGACUUUGACUAUGUGAGCAAUGAGGCACUGCGUACAAUGUGUGAAAAUGUCUUGCAGCUUUUGACAACCACCGUUGAUGACAUUGACAAGAUCAUGUGGCCUUCCUUAUUUGAGUACUUGUUGUGUGAAGAGCUGACCUCAGCUGUAGGAAUUCUUUGCAAGUGCCUUGCUAAUUUUGCUUCAAAGAAGAGGGACGCUGGUUACCCUAUUGAGAUCAACUAUGAGAAGCAUACUAAUGUACCCAAGCCACAAGAGUUGCUGGCACGAUUGCUAGUCGUGCUCGGCUCUCCCAUGAUGCACCAUCACCGAGGAGUUCAUGUCUUACGCCUGUUGCGGUGUUUGCCUGCACUUGUGCACCGUAACCUGGUAGCCCUCUGGGACACUGUUCUACCCCAAAUGACUUCUCAAUUGCAAAGUGCUCUUGAUAACCCAGAAAAUAGUCUCGACAGAGAAGCUUGGCGAGAGCAGAUUGUGGACCUCACCCAGAGAUGCUUUGUGGAAGUGGACAAAGAAGAGUGGACUCUGUCAUUGGGAAAGGCUAUGCAGGCACAACUUAGCCUGUAUAGUGCAUACCCAGAUGAUAAGUGCAUGCUACUACAGUUGCUUGGAGCAGUUAUGAAAAAAGUGAGCAGCAAGCAGUUCAUAAAUGGAGCUCUAGACAAAAUAUUUGAGCAUAUCAACCAUGUACACCCACGGGAAAGAGAGGGUUGUGCUCUUGCAGUAGGUAUGUGUGCUGCAUCUCACUUGGAUGCUGUGGUAGUAAAGCUGGAGCAAGUAGCAAAAGACGACCUUCGUAAGAAUUCGGGAAUUCUUAGCUUUCUCAAGGAUAUUACUGGUGACAGUUAUCAUGAGAAGCUUUUGGCAACAGUUGUCCUGAGCUACGGCCAUGUUUCUAUGCGAGCUCCAGCAUCAAUCUUGACUACCAGGAUUGAAACACCCAUUCUGAGAAGUGCUGCGAAAUUCUACCAGGCAUCAAAGGACCCCUCUGUGCGGCAUGCAAUGCUCCGCACCGUGAAGAUGAUUGCAGAUGCAGUUCACCCUGACAAACUUCAGGAGCAGUAUGUCUUCUACUCAAGAGGCGAGCUGGUAAAUGAGAUGCAACAGAUGCUAAAGGCUGAGAAUCCAGUUCUUGUCACAUCUACAACAAGGUCCCUAGUUCUCAUGGCUCUGGCUAGCCUUGUCAAAUUGGACCCACCUUUGCCACCAAGUGAAAUAUCAGCUCUUGUGACAAUGGCUGUUUCACGAGUGUACCCAUUGCCAUUGCGAAACCCUCCCAUUGCAUUUGAUGAUGCAGCAAGUGGUGAUCAAGCACAAAAUCAUUCAGAGUUGGUGGCAGGCAGUCUUAGUGCACUGGACCAAUUCCUUGCAGAAUUAUUGUCCAAAGACCGCACUCCUGAUAAUCUUCAGCUAAUCAUCAGGGUGCUGGUUCCUUGGCUCAAUUCUAAGCAGGAAUAUGAGAGAGAGCGCUGUUUGAACUCGAUCUGGGAGCUUAUGAUGCUUUACAGCAGUCACAUUGAAUCUGGGGUGUUUCGGAUGUUCAAUUGUUUUGGCUUUGUCCUUGGUACUCUUGUGCCCCGCUGCACGGACUCCAGCAUUUCCAUUCGCAACACCGCUCUGACCUGUAUUCAUCUGUCUCUCGAGAUAAACAACAAGAGCCAAAGCCUUUCAUCUAAGGAGGAUACGGAUUUUCAUGGUGUUGAUGAUCUUCAGUCAAACAUUCAGAAGUCAGACCCUGAAACCUUUCACAUGAUUUCAAAAGAAUUGGCAAAGACACUGGCCAAGAAGGCACCAUCUAUUCAGCUCCUUUCAUUAGCAGAGACACUGCUUCAAGGUCUCAAGGAUCCAGUGCCUAGCAGCUCUUCUGGUGCAGCUCAUGUGCUUUCUGGUCUGCUGCAGCUGCGUGGUGCUGAGCUGCGAGCUGAAGUGGCCCACUUCGUUGAAGGCCUGCACCAGCAGCUCUCGCACAUCCACUCUCCCCAGACACAGUCUGAGGCGCUUGAAGUGGUUCGAACUUUGGCUCAACACCACUCAAGCCUCGUAGUGAAUGCCCUCCUUACAUAUCCUUUACCUUAUGACAAGCAUGUAUGUGAGUGUUGGUCAGCACUGGCCAAAGAUCCUGCCAUGGGUGCUAGUAUUGUCAACCACCUGCUGGAAAUGCUGGACAACCAGGGAUCAACAGAAUAUCAGCCAGACCCCAAAAGCCAAAGAGGCACUAUCAGAGUGGCUGUUAGGGAUGUGCUUGCGGCCAUCUGUGCCCUCCAGGAGAUGUUCAAUACUGCAGGAAUGGAGUCCUGUGCUAAGGAGGCAUUUGGCCAAGUUUUCUCAGCUCUUCUAUUGGCUGCAGCAAGUUAUGUUGGCGUCAGUGCAGUGAGCUUCACUCCAACAACCACUGCCUCCAAACAAGAGUCCGGAGCCAGCCCCAAACUGCUUCCACUACGAUGUGCACUUCAGGCUUUUGAGGCCUUUCUAAGGCGGGCAGGUCAGGAAGAAAUUGUGGCCAGUAUGGAAAAGGAUGGCCAUUGGGACAGCAUGGAGCAAGACGAAGUGUUUCCAGAUUCUAUUACUGUGUUGGCUGGACUCAUGUGCCAGCAGUGCCCUUGGCACAUGGCAGGUGUGGUGUCAGGCCUGCAAAACAGGCUUGGCAGUAGCCCAUUGGAGACUCAGCGCCUGGCCGUGUUGGCGUUGUUUGCUGAGCUGCUAAGCCAGCCUUUUGAGGGAGCGCCCCUGCUGGCUGAGCCGCUCAUGAACCACCUGCUGGGCUCCCUGGCUGACCCUAGCCUGGCUGUGCGCCGGCUCUGCCUGCGCAGUCUUGCCCAUCUAGGCCGUGCUGAAGGGCAUCUGGUUCAUCGUUACUCUAGCACAGUCUUGUCUGCCAUGAUCAGUGGUCUUGAUGACAAAGAUGACACAGAGCAGAAGAUCAUGCUGGAGGCUAUCAAUGGACUUGCCACACUUUUAUGUCACGCCGAUCAACAUGAUGUUGGAAGUUUCAUCACAACUGUGGCUCUCCGGCUACGCCCAAUGUUUGAAAAGGAAAAGUGUGAAGUGCGUGCAGCAGCGUUCAAGCUGUUCGGAGACCUGGCCCGCUUUGCAGAGGGAGAAUUCAGAGAUGCAUUUGUGGAACAGGUCAUCAGCAACGUGAUCACGCUGCUUGUGCACUUGAAUGAAGGAGACAAGCUUGUUGUAAAGGCCUGCAAGACAACUUUGAAGAAGCUGGGGCCAUUGCUCGGAUCUGAAGAAGUCAACAACAUGUUCCAGAGGCAUUUGCCUGAUGGUUCUCAUCUCCACUACUCUGAGUUUAUUAGCGACCUUACAAAAGUCAUGGUGAUUGAUCUUGAAGAGCACAUGUCCACAUUUGUUACAUUAUGUCUUGGCCACAUGAAGAGCCUUAACCCAACUAUUCAAUGUAACGCGGUAUUGCUCUUAGGCUGUCUCCUGGGAAAUGCACGUCCGGAGCUUCGUAAGGACCUUCCAUGUGAGCGUGCAUGCUCGGCACUCGUCUUGCUGCUCAAGGCUGAGCUGCCUGAACAGCGCUGCAGAGCUGCAGAAGCGCUGAGCCUCCUCCAUGGUUGCUGAAGAAGUUUGGCUGCCUGUCAACUAGCUGCUAUGGCUUCUUGCCAUUGAAAGCAAAGGAAUGUGUGCCUCAAAGGCUUUUUUCACAUGUUUCGCUCUUAGUCUUAGAGUCUUCCCCACUGGAGCCUUGAUUAUAACUGCCAAGUCACAGGCAUUGUAAACAGCAUUGGGUGGGGUCCACUCUUUGCCAUAUCUUGUUGGUUGCAGUUGCUCUUGACGAUCACAUAUACGCUUUUUUGUUUUUAUUUUGCAGCAUGCUGUUAAAGGCAUGCGAUGUUAUAUUUUUCCAUAUAUAAUGUAUCAUGCUAUUAUUAUGCACUGUGACAUAUGCAGAGGGAUAGAUGUAUGGUAUAAGGUUGUAUCUUGUUUACAUUAUAAUAUGAGGUUGUAUAUUUGAUGUUAUAGUAUCUUGUGAGAAGACCAGCACACCAUUCUUUAAUUUUUCUAGCCUAUAUGAUAAUAUGAGAGAUAGCACUGUGUUAUUAUUUACUCCAGAGCACUGUAUGCUGGCAGGCAGAGGGCUCACCCGAGUCUUUCUGUUUCUUAUAUUUUAGCUUCUAUAUCAAUGCAUAUUUUUCUAGUGCCCAUGGUGAAGCAAUAAUGUUUUUGCAAUGUUAAUUCAGUUGAAAGAAUUCCUCACUUGGUUCAUUUUGCAUAUCAAAUCAUUUAGUCUGUAUGUUAUAUGCACCUUAUAGUGUGCUAGUAUCCACAGUAGGCAUUUGAUUAAACUUUAAACUUGGGGAUACUUGACUCUAAAUGGCAGGGACACUUCUCUGAGAAUGGAGAUACUGAAAAGAAAACAUUUGUACUGUACUUUUUUAUUCUUUCCUCUGGCAUACCAAUAGUUGAGUCCAUGAAGAGUUUUGAGUUAGUUAAAGUCAAGAAGUAAGCUUAUUCAGAAGUCAAUUCAAAAUGGGCAUUGUUCAUUUUCAAGCAUGGUGUUCAUAUGCAAAAUACACAGCAGAAGCAAAUCUUAUCUUCCGUCUUCACUACAGUACAACACUGUUAUAGUGCAUAAGCACUAACGCACCAGAUGUAGCUGCUUUAUUUUCACCAUUUAUUUUCCACACAAGGUGACUGACUUUACAAGAAAACAGCACUAUUUUUAUUCAUGUUAAGCAUUGUACUAUUUUAUGUAGGUACAAUAGCUGAUGUGGUUAGUCUAUAUAGACAUGUAGAGAACUCUUGCAUUCUUGUAAUCUGGUGUGUCUGAUAUUUUACGGUGCAGUAUACUUUUUGUUGACUACAAGGCUGUCAUGCUUGCCUCAAAGUUUUGAGACAUGAAGCCACAUUCUGCAAGCACUUUUUUUUUGUUGGAACUAUCCCCCUACGUAUAAUUUGCUCAUUUUACUUGUGUUCUUGUGAAUUGCUUAUAAUGCUAAUCAUGUCAGGGGCAUAGUCUUUGUAAUAGACUCUGUAUAGUGUCACGAAAGCUGCAUUUAGUCUGUAUGUUAUAUGCACCUUAUAGUGUGCUAGUAUCCACAGUAGGCAUUUGAUUAAACUUUAAACUUGGGGAUACUUGACUCUAAUUGGCAGGGACACUUCUCUGAGAUUGGAGAUACUGAAAAGAAAACAUUUGUACAGUACUUUUUUAUUCUUUCCUCUGGCAUCCCAAUAGUUGAGUCCAUGAAGAGUUUUGAGUUAGUGAAAGUCAAGAAGUAAGCUUAUUCAGAAGUCAAUUCAAAAUGGGCAUUGUUCAUUUUUAAGCACGGUGUUCAUAUGCAAAAUACACAGCAGAAGCAAAUCUUAUCUUCCGUUUUCACUACAGUACAACACUGUUAUAGUGCAUAAGCACUAACGCACCAGAUGUAGCUGCUUUAUUUUCACCAUUUAUUUUCCACACAAGGUGACUGACUUUACAAGAAAACAGCACUAUUUUUAUUCAUGUUAAGCAUUGUACUAUUUUGUGUAGGUACAAUAGCUGAUGUGGUUAGUCUAUAUAGACAUGUAGAGAAUUCUUGCAUUCUUGUAUUCUGGUGUGUCUGAUAUUUUACAGUGUAAUAUACUUUUUGUUGACUAC